UUCCCAUAUAACUCUCCGCCACCCACGCUCACAAGGCCAAGCAGCAGCGCAACGCACGGGCGGAACUCCAAGCGAGAGAGCAGAAGAGGAGAGGCGAGGCGAUAGCCUGCAGAUUCGCUCGCUCGGUCGCCAGCCCUCACGGUGCUCUCGCCCACACAGGUGAAGGCUGCUCUGUAAACACUAGUCAAGAUGGGCGAGGGACAUGGAACUGACAAGAACAUUGAGAUAUGGAAGGUCAAGAAGUUAAUCAAGGCUCUCGAUGCUGCCAGGGGCAAUGGUACUAGCAUGAUUUCUCUCAUCAUGCCCCCUCGUGAUCAGAUUUCUCGAGUCACAAAGAUGUUGGGUGAUGAAUAUGGAACUGCCUCUAACAUCAAGAGCAGAGUCAACCGUCAGUCUGUGUUGGCUGCCAUAACCUCGGCUCAGCAGAGGUUGAAGCUUUACAAUCGAGUUCCUUCCAAUGGAUUGGUGCUUUACACUGGGACCGUUGUCACCGAUGAUGGCAAGGAAAAGAAGGUGACCUUUGACUUUGAGCCAUUCAGGCCUAUAAAUGCUUCAUUGUAUCUCUGUGACAACAAGUUUCACACUGAGGCACUGAAUGAGCUUCUGGCGUCUGAUGACAAGUUUGGUUUCAUAAUCAUGGAUGGCAAUGGGACACUCUAUGGCACACUAAGUGGCAACAGUAGGGAGGUUCUUUACAGGUUCAGCGUUGAUCUCCCGAAGAAGCAUGGCCGAGGAGGGCAGUCUGCAGUUCGUUUUGCCCGCUUGCGCAUGGAAAGGCGGCACAAUUACCUUCGUAAAGCAGCUGAGCUUGCGACGCAGUUCUUCAUCAAUCCUGCCACCAACCAGCCAAACAUCGUCGGGCUCAUUCUCGCUGGUUCUGCUGAUUUCAAGACCGAACUGGGCAAAUCUGAGAUGUUUGAUCCACGCCUGCAAGCCAACAUACUCAAGAUGAUUGAUGUGUCUUACGGAGGGGAUAGUGGCUUCAACCAAGCCAUCGAGAUGUCUGCCGAGGUGCUAUCUGAUGUCAAGUUUGUUCAAGAAAAGAAGCUGAUUGGAAAGUACUUUGAGGAGAUAAGCAAAGACACUGGGAAGUAUGUCCUUGGUGUGCAGGACACCAUGACAGCCCUCGAAAUGGGUGCGGUAGAAACACUGAUUGUGUGGGAAAACCUUGAUGUCAAGCGAUAUGAGCUGAAGAACAGCGCCACAGGAGAAACUGUGGUAAAGUACCUGAACGGGGAUCAGGAGGCAGAUCAGACCAACUUCAUAGAUGAUGCAACAUCUGGACAACUUGAUGUCAUUGACAAGAUGCUGCUGUUGGAGUGGUUUGCUGAGAAUUACCAGCAGUAUGGUUGCACACUGGAGUUUAUCACAAACAAGUCACAGGAAGGAUCGCAGUUCUGCCGGGGCUUUGGUGGCAUUGGUGGAAUCCUCCGUUACCCAGCGGAUGUUGCUGCCUAUAUGGAUGGCGAUGUGUUGGACGAGGAGGAAUAUGAAGACUUUGAAUAGCAAUCAACUGAAACUCCACUGAAUGUGGUCCGGAAGGAGCCUGAGCUGGCCCGGAUCGCGCCAGGACGAGACCCUGAAACAUCCAAAAGAUCGGCGCAAGAACGCCAAGGAGGCGGGGUGGUUGGUGAGAAGAGAAUCUGAGCAACUACAAUCUAAAAAUCUUGUGUGAAGCAUGGUGACGUGAAUGCUCUGGAGACGGUGGCCUCUUGCUAUACAUAUCCAAGCCUGGAACUCGGUUGUGCUACUAAGCAGCCAUGGAUGUCUUCUGAUGCUCCAUCAGGAGAGCUUUAUUAGUGUUUACCAUCUUAUUAGUAACGAGUCCGUAUCAGUUUGGUCAAUAAAGUCUCUUCAUCGAACUGAAUCUGUAUGCGCUAGUUCGUCCGAGUCUCUUUAUUUGGGGGGGGGGGGGGGUGCUGCUACUGCACCACCACCAGCAGCAGCUGUAUUUUGUUUCCUGAACUGAAGUGGUAUGCUACGUUUGAAUUUGCAUGUAUGCUUGAUAUCUAUUAAGUGAACCAAUCUUAGUUUUUAGAGGAUUA